AAUACUUUGUGAUACUCACAUAGUUCUUGCUACUAUAGUGUAGAUUCACAUAGUUUAAAAGUACAUAUGCCGCAACUCGGGCGUUGAGGGGCUGAUCGCACGCAAGCUUGUACUUGCCUGGACGCCGCCUAGAUCAUGAAGCUACUCGUUCUCUGCGCUCUAGUUGCUUGGCUGCAGCUGAGUGCAGCAACGCGGGUUCAUGUGGGGACAGUAGACCUGAGCAGCGGCGUGGGACGGCAUCUCUUGAGCGAAAAGGACCACAAGUAUAAGCAAGACGAUAAUGUUCCACUGUGGGCUAGCAAGGUUGGGCCUUUUACAAACCCCAGCGAGACGUAUGAGUACUAUAGCCUGCCUUACUGUCAGCCUAAGGACGGCGUGAAGCAUAAGCUUUUGGGCAUGGGCGAGGUGGUGGACGCAAAUCGCAUGGCCAGCACUCCCUAUCAGCUGCAGUUCCGCAAGGACCGCCAGCGGGAGCAGGUCUGCGAACAGUUGUUGGACCAGGAGAAGCUAGCAAAGUUCCGGAAGGCUGUGAAGGAGGACUGGUACUUCCAAAUGUACUACGACGACCUUCCUGUGUGGGGCUUCAUUGGCUAUAUGGAGAAGCUCAUUAAGCCGGGUGGUGUGACGGAGUAUGCGUACAAGCUGUUUACGAACAUCGACUUCGAUGUUAAGUAUAACGACGACCGGGUGAUCGAGAUCAGCGUGUCAACAGACCCUCAGGAGGUUGUUGACAUCUCUGAGAACGUCACUUCGACUGUGAAGGCCGCGUUUACGUACUCGGUUAAGUGGACCCCCACGACUACCAAGUUUGAGCAGCGGCUGCAGCGGUAUGAGCGGUUUAACCUCAACCCCGUGCACCUGGAGAUCCACUGGUUCUCGAUCAUCAACUCCUGCGUCACCGUGCUGCUCCUCACUGGCUUCUUGGCUACCAUCCUGAUGCGCGUUUUGAAAGCUGACUUUGUCAAGUACUCGAAGGACGAUCCCGCCAUGGAUGAGGAGGAGUCGGGCUGGAAGUACGUCCAUGGCGACGUGUUCCGCUUCCCUCCCCAGAAGAACCUUUUCUGCGCUUUCGUGGGCACUGGUGCACAGCUGUUCUACCUGUCGCUCUUCAUCUUUGUCCUGGCGCUGGUGGGCGUCUUCUACCCCUACAACCGCGGCGCCCUCUACACAGCCCUCAUCGUUCUGUACUCCCUCACAGCAUGCAUUGCUGGCUUUGUGGCAUCUUCGUACUACAGGCAAAUGGAGGGCGAGCUGUGGGUUCGCAACAUUCUCCUCACGUGCUUCAUUUACUGCGGCCCUUUCCUGGUCAUGUUCGGCUUCCUGAACACGGUCGCCAUUGUUUACAAGUCUACUGCGGCGCUGCCGUUCGGUACGAUUGUCAUCAUCCUCCUGAUCUGGGGCUGCAUCACCAUCCCUUUGACGGUUUUCGGUGGCAUUGCUGGAAAGAACAACCGCGCCGAGUUCUUCGCUCCAUGCCGCACCAACAAGUACCCGCGGGAGAUUCCGCAGCUGCCAUGGUACCGCACCACCGUUCCCCAGAUGGUCAUGGCGGGCUUCCUGCCCUUCUCCGCCAUCUAUGUGGAGCUGUACUACAUGUUUGCCAGCGUGUGGGGCCACAAGGUGUACAUCAUCUGGUCCAUCCUUGCUAUCGUGUACGGCAUCCUGAUUAUUGUCACCGCCUUCAUCACCAUUGCGCUCACGUACUUCCAGCUGGCUGUGGAGGAUCACCAGUGGUGGUGGCGGUCGUUCCUGUGCGGUGGCUCCACGGGUAUCUUCGUGUACGGGUACUGCUUCUACUACUACUACGCUCGUUCCGACAUGAGUGGCUUCAUGCAGACGGCGUUCUUCUUCGGCUACAUGUUGAUGGUUUGCUUCGGCUUCUUCCUGAUGCUUGGUACCGUGGGCUGGCGCGCGUCGCUCAUGUUCGUUCGGCACAUCUACCGCGCCAUCAAGUGCGAGUGAGCAGCACGCGCCUCUGCUGCGGCGCACUCCCGCGGUGUGCCUCGUUGCUAGGUGGCUAUGUCUGGAUGAGUAUCCAGCUGUGCAGCUAGUUUUGUGUGUGUGUUGCGUAUAGUGGGGCAUUGAGACUUGUGAAAGCGGUUUCCGGUGAUUGGCGGUGCGCCUUUGGGGCCCAAACGUGAAUGGACAUGCUGUUAGCAAUCGUUAGGGCUGUUUCCGGAGGCAGUGUCCGCUUAGGUACAACAUUGGACGCGAGCACGGCCGUUGACCGAUAAUGAGGCGACUCCGUAUACACCUAGAUGACCGACACUGUUAGGCUGUUAUAUCCUUGAUGUUAACAG